CGCAAGGAGAUCUUACCUUGAGCACUGCACGCUAAUCUCGUUCACGAUGUGCUGCACUCAGAAAACUGCCAUUCUUGUACUCAUUAUCUUUGCGCUAAUCAACAGCGGAGUGACGGUGUUUGCAUUAUCAAAAACAGCAUCCUCGUUAGGCUUGCAGCAUCGACAACCUGCCGCGCGCGAGCAAACAUGCUACGUAGUAGCAAUUGUCCUUGUCGUCGGUGUUGCGGUUCUACUGCUAUGCGCCGCGUUCUUCAUGUGGUGCUGUAAAAUGCACAUUCCCAGGGCAUGAAGAAAUACAUCAGCAUGGUAGGUACAGUAGAUACUAGGAACGGCCGCCAUCGCUUCAGAUCAAUUUUAUUUACUCUCGUGGGUCCCGUGGAACCCA